CGCGCGUGCGCAGUACUCCGGGGGCGGGAGCCCCGAGUGCGCUGACAGUUUCCGGUUUGGCUUCCCCGCCUCCUGCGCGGCUAAAGCUGUCGGGGCUCGGCGGUGGCCGCUGCCGUGGGGCGGAGGGGGUUGGGAGUGCUCAGCCUUAGGCGAGUGCCGGAGUGGGGUUCCCGGAGCCAUGGCCUGCUCCAUUGUCCAGUUCUGCUCCUUCCAGGACCUCCAGGCCUCCCGGGACUUCCUCUUCCCUCACCUCCGGGAGGAGACCCCCAGCGGCGCCGUGCGGAGGGACCCCAGUAAAUCAACAAACUGGGAAGAUGAUGGCUGGGGAGCAUGGGACGAAACAGAAGCUCAAGAACCUGAAGAAGGGAAUGCUUGCAAAGCACAGAAAACUUUCUGGCUUCAAGAUUGUGUGUUAUCCUUAUCUCCAACCAGUGAUCUGAUGGUUAUAGCUCGGGAGCAGAAGGCUGUGUUUCUAGUGUCAAAAUGGAAGUAUAGUGAUAAAGGAAAGGAAGAAAUGCAGUUUGCAGUUGGUUGGAGUGGUUCUUUAAAUGUUGAAGAAGGGGAAUGUGUAACUAGUGCUCUGUGUAUCCCACUAGCAAGCCAAAAGAGGAGUUCCACUGGACGUCCUGAUUGGACCUGCAUUGUGGUGGGUUUUACUUCAGGUUACGUACGUUUCUAUACUGAGAACGGUGUGCUCUUGCUUGCACAGCUUUUGAACGAGGACCCAGUGCUUCAGCUUAAAUGCAGGACCUAUGAAAUCCCCCGGCAUCCUGGCGUGACUGAACAGAAUGAAGAGUUAAGUAUCUUAUAUCCAGGUGCCAUUGUGACUAUUGAUGGAUUUAGCCUUUUUCAAUCACUUCGUGCUUGCAGAAAUCAGGUAGCAAAAGCUACAGCAUCAGGCAAUGAACACAUACAGCCACCACCCUUGGCUUAUAAGAAGUGGGGUUUACAAGAUAUUGACACUAUUAUUGAUCAUGCAAGCAUUGGAAUUAUGACUCUGUCCCCCUUUGAUCAAAUGAAGACUGCCUCCAAUAUUGGUGGGUUUAAUGCAGCAAUUAAAAAUAGUCCUCCUGCCAUGUCUCAGUACAUCACCGUGGGAGCCAAUCCAUUUACUGGCUUCUUCUAUGCUCUAGAGGGAAGCACACAACCAUUAUUAUCUCAUGUUGCAUUAGCAGUUGCAAGUAAACUCACUUCUGCUUUAUUUAAUGCUGCCAGUGGUUGGCUUGGCUGGAAAAGCAAGCAUGAGGAAGAAGCUGUCCAGAAGCAAAAGCCGAAGGUUGAACCAGCUACCCCAUUAGCUGUAAGAUUUGGACUUCCAGAUUCUAGACGCCAUGGUGAAAGCAUAUGUCUAUCUCCGUGUAACACACUAGCAGCGGUCACCGAUGACUUUGGCAGAGUCAUUUUAUUGGAUGUAGCUAGAGGCAUUGCAAUACGCAUGUGGAAAGGCUACCGUGAUGCACAAAUUGGGUGGAUUCAAAUUGUAGAAGAUCUGCACGAAAGGGUGCCAGAGAAGGUGGACUUUUCUCCCUUCGGAAAUACUCAGGGUCCAAGUCGAGUAGCCCAGUUCCUUGUGAUUUACGCCCCAAGAAGGGGCAUUCUAGAGGUGUGGAGCACACAGCAGGGACCUAGAGUAGGAGCUUUCAACGUGGGAAAGCACUGCAGGCUGCUGUAUCCUGGCUAUAAAAUAAUGGGCUUGAAUAAUGUUAUCAGUCAGAGUUGGCAGCCACAGACUUAUCAGAUCUGUCUUGUGGACCCCAUGUCUGGAAGUGUGAAAACAGUGAAUGUUCCUUUCCAUUUGGCACUGAGUGAUAAGAAGAGUGAACGAGCCAAGGAUAUGCAUUUAGUGAAGAAACUAUCAACUUUAUUGAAAAUGAAAUCUCCCAAUCUUGAUUCAGUUGAAACAGAAAUAAGGGAAUUGAUUCUUGAUAUUAAAUACCCUGCAACCAAAAGACAAGCUUUGGAAAGCAUUUUGGCAAGUGAACGAUUACCAUUUUCUUGCCUUAGAAACAUCACCCAGACAUUAAUGGACACUUUGAAAAACCAAGAGCUUGAAUCUGUUGAUGAAGGAUUGCUACAGUUUUGUGCCAAUAAACUGAAAUUACUGCAUCUCUAUGAAUCUGUCAAUCAAUUAAAUUCCCUUGAUUUUCAUUCUGACACACCAUUCUCUGAUAAUGACUUGGCUGUGUUGCUAAGGUUGGAUGAAAAAGAGUUGCUUAAGCUGCAGACAUUGCUAGAGAAAUACAAGCAAGAGAAUACCAGGACUACUGUGCGAUUUUCUGAUGCUGAGGAUGGAGUGUUGCCUGUAAAAACAUUCCUGGAAUAUUUAGAGUAUGAGAAAGAAGUGCUCAAUGUAAAGAAGAUAAGUGAAGAGGAAUAUGUGGCUUUAGGAAGUUUCUUUUUUUGGAAGUGUUUACAUGGAGAAAGCUCAACUGAGGAAAUGUGUCGCACUUUGGAGUCUGCGGGACUUAGCCCUCAGCUGUUACUGUCUCUGCUCCUGAGUGUUUGGCUUUCUAAGGAAAAAGAUAUUUUAGAUAAACCGCAGUCUGUCUGCUGUCUUCACACGAUGCUGUCCCUCCUGAGCAAAAUGAAAGUGGCCAUUGAUGAGACAUGGGAUUCCCAGUCUGUGUCCCCUUGGUGGCAGCAGAUGCGCAUGGCCUGUAUUCAGUCUGAGAACAAUGGAGCUGCUCUGUUAUCUGCACAUGUUGGGCAUUCUGUUGCUGCACAGAUAUCAAACAAUAUGGAAGAAAAAAAAUUUUCCCAAACAGCCUUGGGUUCUGAUUCGGAGGCCCUCACUGAUUCCUGGGAAGCCCUUUCCCUUGACACUGAGUACUGGAAGCUCCUGCUGAAACAGCUGGAGGACUGUCUCAUCCUCCAGACUUUGCUUCACAGCAGAGGGAGCCCUGCGGCCUCCAAAACAUCAGUGCUGCAGGCUGAGCCACUUCCAAGGCUUUCUGUGAAGAAAUUACUAGAAGGAGGAAAAGGGGGCAUUGCAGACAGUGUGGCCAAGUGGAUAUUUAAACAGGACUUCAGCCCUGAAGCAUUAAAACUGGCUUCUAAAGAAAAAGACGUAGAAAAUGCAGAUGAACCCAAAGAAGGUAUUAACAGAGGUUUCCUUGAGUUGUCAGAGGUGGAGAUGGACUUAGGAGCCAUACCAGACCUGUUGUAUUUAGCCUAUGAGCAGUUUCCUUGCAGCCUUGAGCUGGAUGUGCUGCAUGCCCAUUGCUGCUGGGAGUAUGUUGUUCAGUGGAAUAAAGAUCCAGAGGAAGCACAUUUUCUUGUUAGGUCAAUAGAACACUUGAAGCACAUUCUUAACGCACCUGUUCAGAAUGGCAUUGCGCUGAUGAUGUGGAACACAUUCUUAGUUAAAAGGUUUUCUGCUGCUGCAUACUUGAUGGAUAAGGUUGGAAAAUCCCCAAAGGAUAGGUUAUGCCGAAGGGAUGUGGGGAUGAGUGACACAGCAGUGACAUCUUUCCUUGGCUCCUGCUUGGAUCUUCUUCAGAUUUUACUGGAGGCAGAUGUUAACAGGGACGAAAUGCAAGUGCCUGUGCUGGAAACCGAAGAUGCCUGGCUUUCUGUGGAAGGGCCCAUUUCGAUAGUGGAACUGGCCCUCGAACAGAAGCACAUCCACUACCCGCUGGUGGAGCACCACUCCAUCCUCUGCUCCAUCCUGUAUGCAGUCAUGAGAUUUGCUCUGAAGACAGUGAAGCCCCUUUCACUCUUUGACAGUAAGGGAAAAAAUGCAUUUUUUAAAGACCUAACUUCAAUUCAGCUACUGCCUAGCGGGGAAAUGGACCCAAAUUUUAUUUCUAUACGGCAACAGUUCUUGCUUAAAAUUGUUAGUGCAGCUGUGCACGCGCAACAUUCAGCAGCAAAGGACAAAGAUCUCCCAGAAGAGGCAGUUAGCACUCCUUUUGGGAAGGACCUGGACUGGCCGGUUCUGGCUGUGGAUUUAGCCCAUCAUCUUCAAGUCAGCGAAGAUGUUGUUAGAAGGCAUUAUGUGGUGGAACUGUACAACUAUGGAAUUGACCAUUUAGGAGAAGAGGCCAUACUACAGGUCCAGGACAAAGAGGUCCUUGCCUCUCAGCUGUUGGUGUUGACUGGGCAAAGGCUGGCGCAUGCACUCCUCCAUGCCCACACAAAAGAGGGAAUGGAGCUGCUGGCCAGACUGCCACCCACACUGUGUACUUGGCUUAAAACAAUGGACUCCCAGGAUCUUCAAAACACUGAAGUGCCAAUUGCAACAACUGCUAAACUAGUAAAUAAAGUAAUAGAGCUCUUACCAGAAAAGCAUGGGCAGUAUAGUCUGGCCUUACACCUUAUUGAAGCUGUGGAAGCCAUAUCUAUUCCUCCUUUAUGACACUUAACCUACUAAAAAUAGUCUAAACUUGUGUGACUCUAACAUGAAUUAGUGCAUGGUUAUUUUACACGGUGAGAUCUGGAAUUUUAUGGUAUGUCUUAUUUUGUUCUUUUGUAAAAUAACUGAAAAUAUGUAUUAAUUUUAAAAAGUGCCAUCCUGGCUAAAUCCUUCCUCCCCUUUGUUAAUACUGAAGACAAAUUAUAAACUCCACUGUAAUUACUAAUGCAGAUGUUUUACUUUUAUUUCUAAUUCAAACACAUAGCUUUAUUGUUAAGUUUUGGUAUUUAAGAUUGGUUAUAAUUUAGAUUAUAUUCCUAUAAAAUCUGUAUUUCAUAGCCCAAGUGUUAUUGUUGUAAUUAAAUUUAAUUGUGUUCAUGUACAGUCUGCAUCUGCAAAGGUUAGAGCCCUCUCCCCUUGUCCUAUAAUAAACGCUGGGAACAUGCUUCUGUUACCAUGCUUAAUCCUGUCCUGGGCUGCCACAGGGGAGCUGUGGAUGCUGACAGCUUCCUUUCCCCAAGUCCGCUGUUGCUUGAGGAAGAAGAAAGGGUUUCAAGAUCAUCCUGUUCAUC